AAAAAAUUAAAAAAAAAAAAAAAAAAGCUUCUAAUUAAAUUAACUCAAAUCAACCUAUAUUUUACCUAUUGGGUAUCAAUUAGCCCUCAUUUUUAUUAUUUUAUUAUUUAAAUCAUCUUAUUUAAUAAGUUAAUAAAAAAAAUUUAUAUAAAUCUCUCAAUUCCUUAUCCAUUUUUUUUCUAUAUUCAUACCCAUACUCAUAUACUUCUCUUCAAAAAAUGUGUCUACCUUCAAAUUCAAAUUUGAAUCCAAAUCUAAAAUCAAUCAAUUCAAAUCAAAAAUCAAAAUCAAAAUCAAAAUCAUCCAAAAACCCCAAUGAUCGUCCUUAUAAAUGCCCAAUGUGUGAAAAGGCAUUUCAUAGAUUGGAACACCAAACCAGGCAUAUUCGAACUCAUACUGGUGAAAAACCUCACUCAUGUUCUUUUCCAAAUUGUGGUAAAAAGUUCUCAAGAAGCGAUGAGUUAACAAGACACAUGAGAAUUCAUACAAAUCCUUCAACAAGAAGAAAAAAAAGUUCAAACAGCAAUUACAGCUAUUUCAAUCAAAGCUUUUAUGACCCAAACUCUCCAAUCUCUUCAAUGACACCAAUUCCAAUUGGUUACGACUUCCAAGGAAAUCCAAUUUAUCAAUAUCCAGUAAAUAUAAAUUUAAAUUAUCCCAUUGUCAAUGUAAAUCAACAAGUUCCUUAUAAUUCUUCUCAAUUACCUUUAUCAAUCGACCAUCACCAAUCUCCUUCUGACCCUCAUUCUUAUCAAUCUUUAAACUCAAAUUACUUUCCAGUCUCAAACGUCAGUUCAAAUAACUCUUCUGCUAUUCAAUCGUUAUCAAACACUCCAAAUUCAAGUUCAACCAAUUUAUUUGGCCAAUAUUUGCACUCAAAUAACAAUAGCAACACCCCUAAUAACUCUGUAAAUUCAAGUUCUGCCUCAUCACUACAGUCCUCAAAAUCUUCUUCUUCAAUUGGCUUGACCAGAAAUUCCUUCUCUGCAACAACUUUGCCUUCUUUAAAUGAAGUCGUUGAAAAUAAUCUCAAUACUUCAAAGACUAAAUUUAUCUUCAACUCACUACCUCACUCACCCAAUAGAGAUAACGACAUUUUUUUUAACAAUUCAAAUAGCAAUUCCAAUAAUUUGAAUUUCCUAUUCCCUUCUGAGACUCCCCAGAUAACUCCCCUACAAUCUCCCAAAUUAUUACCAACUUCAAAUUCAAAUUCCAGUACAAGUCUUUACAGUUCAAAUAAUUCAAACAACAUCACUUUACCACCAUUGAAAUCUCUAAUUGCAAGUUUAGAUGAUAAACAAGAAUGUAAAUUACCCCCUUUACGUUUAAAUAAUCAAAAUGUCUUACUACCUCAUAUUUCUGAUUUAUUCAAAAAAAAUUGACUGGUUUCUGUUUCAUAUUAUUUCAUUCCUCAUCUACCAAUAAUACAUUGUUUUUGUCCUUAUUUAACUUCAUUUCAUUUUGUUUUUUUAUCUUUGAUGGUUUAUUGUUUUAAUUGAUUUGUUCGUUUGUCAUAUUUUUGGGUAAAAGAAAUUAUAAUAUAUAAUACUAGGUUUUAAUUAAUACUAGGUUUUAAUUAAUACUGGGUUUCAUUUUUCUUAUCAAUUUCACUUGAUAAGAAAA